ACGAGCGGCAAGGCGGGAAUCGCUUCCGGUGCGAGGGGUUCCCUGCCUGAGAGGCUGCUUCUGUCCCUAGUGAGGUCCCUCUUGGCCCCUGCUUAAGGAUGGAUGAGGACGGGCUGCCCCUCGUUGGCUCCGGCAUCGACCUGACCAAGGUUCCCGCCAUCCAGCAGAAGAGAACAGUGGCAUUUCUAAACCAGUUUGUGGUUCACACAGUUCAGUUCCUUAACCGAUUUUCCACUGUUUGUGAAGAGAAAUUGUCAGCACUUUCCCUCCGUAUUCAGCAGAUUGAAACUACACUGAAUAUCCUGGAUGCAAAGUUGUCUUCUAUACCUGGGUUAGAAGACGUCAAGUUUGAAGUAUCCAGCACCAGUGUCAACAGUGUUAUGAAUGGCCCUGUCCCACAAGUCUCAAUAGAUCCACAGUCAACAAAUGUAUCUCCUCAGCUGGAGAGCACCGGUCAUGAGAUGGGGCAACAUAAGACGGAAGGAGCCACAGAAAAUACCAUCACAGUAGCAAAGGAUCCCCGCUAUGCAAGAUAUCUCAAAAUGGUUCAAGUGGGUGUUCCUGUAAUGGCAAUAAGAAACAAAAUGAUUUCUGAAGGAUUGAACCCGGAUCUUCUUGAGACACCAGAUGCUGCAGUGCCUACCUGGGGAGGUGAGGCAAAUGCAGAAGACAGUUCUGACAGUGAAUCCUCAUUUAGUGACUGACAGCGCUGAUCCAGGUGCAUUUUUCCCUUAAAAGCCCUCUUCGCAAGUGCUUGUGUAGAAAACUUAAUCUGAAAGAUUUCCUGAUAACUUGAGCCAUAGAAAGUAUCCUUCUUUAAAGGAAUUGCUACUUUGCACUGGGGUCUUUGCAUCGUCUUCCUCAGAAUUUUGAAUGAAGGCCCAGUCCGUCAUGAAGGGACUGACAAGGUGUGCUGUUACUUAUGACACAGUAGCCCUGAUUUAUUGUUCCAAGGAAGCUCAGGGUAAACGUGGGGCAGGUGGGAGAGUUAAGUAGACCAUGCAAGCACAGCAGGUGGGAACAAGUGUACCAGCUCUGUCACUUUCACCCUCCACAAGUUCUGAGGAUGACCACCUCUAGCAGGGAGCCUCCUGCAUUUGUGGAUUUGUGUCCAUUCCCUGUGCCACAUAGAACCCUGAUCUUCCUACUUCCUACACUGCAAGGAGAUGGGUGCCCUCUAUUCAUUGAGGGGGGUCAGGACAGGGGAGGGCAGAGCUAGCAUGCUCAUUCUUGCUCUCUCCACUGGCUUUUCUGCUUAUUUGUGAGUAAGGCACCCGAGACAGCUUUGGACAAUACUUAUAGCCCUUUAAAUUACCUCUUUAUGACUGGAUUCCACUACUCCUCCCUUCCUGGUAACUGUCUAUAUUCAGAAUUCUGCUAAUGCUGCUUCCUACACUGCUUUUCUUUUUAAUCCUCCAGUAUUGAAUGAGAAUUGAAAGCACCAAUUGCUUGCUACAUUGGGAUAAGCACAAAUAUUCUAUUUGUCCCAGUGGUCUAAGAGCUGUGGGGACGAAGGGCAGUGACAGAAAGAAAGACCAAGGGUGGAAGAUGGUGGCUCUUUCCACGAGCAUCUCACACAAAUCACACAGCAUUGCUGCUACACCCCGCCAAAGUUUUUUUUCAGUGGAGAUCCUGUACUAGGCACGUGGAAAUCUUAAGGUAGCUCAGCGGCAAAAUUUUGCAUAUUGUAUCACUGCCAUCAUAGUCAGCAAGCGACUUCUGUGGGUUAUUUCUUGUUUAGAAUGUCACUCGUAAUAUUAUAGGGUACUCAAGAAAUAAAAGUCCAGGUUACUUAGGAGAGUAGAACUUUAAAUUCUGAUGGGUAAGAAAGUUAUUUUCUGAUGAGGUUUUUUAAUGCAAUAGCAAGACUUCCACAGCUUACAAUUUUGAAAUAUAGAUACAACUAGCAAGGAGAUUAUCUUGUUUUCAAAAGCUUAUUCAGGAAAGCAACACUCACAGAAACUGAGACCUACCAUUUAUUUCAAAGCAUGAGUUGCAUUAUAGGGAUCUGAUUUAAAAAGAAGGGGCGGCCCUGUCUUAAAUGAAGAACAGCCUUUUAAGAUCAAAAUGCAAUAGUACGUUACAAGACGGCAUAAACUUUCAGAGGUCUUCUUUUGCGCAAGAUGGGCUUGCAUCGCUGCUGGUGAAUUUCACUAGUGAUGUUAAGGACCACUUCACUUAUAUGGAUUAGAGCAUUUCUUAAGUGCGCACACAGUGUACACUAAAAUACUCAGAAAAGAACACUAAUGCCUUUCCACCCCAUAUAUGCAUAGCAGGGAUCUGCAGUUGCCCAUGACUUCCCAGUGUGGCGUAGAGGAAGUGUAAACUGGCCCUCAGCAUUUGUCCUUCAACUUUUCUCCCAGCCCACCAGUGUUUCUCACAUUACCAUUCUGAAUUUGCUGCACAUGUGCUAGCGCCAUUAUGCUUUCAGCAAAUGCUAGGAUAGCCAUUUAACAAGAAAGGCCGGGGAUGCACACACCUCUUGGUCAGGAGAGUUCUGGCUGCAGGCAUGAAGCAGAAUCUAUGCAAUUCUUCUGAUUGGAACAAGACAUUCCGGGACAUUCAUUUUUGUCCAAAAAUAUUUCGGAGUAGAGCAAUUUGUUCAAGCAACAAUCUAAGAUGUAACCUUUGUCUAGGUCUUUAUUAACCUGGUCUUCAGCAAAAUGCAACUAGUAUUAACAGUUUCUGCUUUGUCAGCCAUAAUAAUCAAAUACUCUUUACCAUGCUGCCUAAUAACACAUAUUGUAUACUACAUCACUCAGAAGUGGAUUCUGUAUAUUUGAAAACAUGCAUCUAUAAUUAAAAUUAAGUUUUGUA